UCUUUCUUAGGAAACUGUGACCCAAAACGCCACCAUGACAGAUGUGAUGAUCAACAGCUGUAAACCAUCGGCUGAGGAAGUGGGUCUCAAACAUGAUGAGAACAGACUUCCCUUCCAGAUCUUUCCCGACCCCUGCGAUUCCUACGAGGGUCAGUGCAAACUCAAGGACCGUUUGCCGUCCAUUGUGGUGGAACCGACUGACGUCAGUGAGGUGGAGAGUGGGGAGCUGCGCUGGCCCCCCGAGGAGUUCCUCAUCACCGAGCAGACCCCACAGGGAGAGGGCAACCGUCCCCAUUCUGGAGAGGGGGCCCCAGUGGAAAGCGAGCCAGCAUUACCCGAGGAUCAGAAGGAGCAGGGGAAUACAGAGCCAGGACACAGUCUUCCCUCAGGCAACUAACUGAUCAGCAAUGUUUUGGAAUGUGGGGGCUGAUUUUUAACAACCUAACUUGGUCAGACUUUGGCCAACUUACCUCGAUACACGGUUUCUUUGGUCAAGAUUUGGGUAGAGUUUUUACACAGAAUGGCACCUCACCUGUCUGCGAUGGGCCCCCUCGUCUGUCUACGAUGGGCCCGUCUGUCUGCGAUGGGCCCCUCGUCUGUCUGCGGUGGGCCCCUCGUCUGUCUGCGGUGGGCCCCUCGUCUGUCUGCGGUGGGCCCCUCGUCUGUCUGCGGUGGGCCCCUCGUCUGUCUACGAUGGGCCCGUCUGUCUGCGAUGGGCCCCUCGUCUGUCUGCGGUGGGCCCCUCGUCUGUCUGCGGUGGGCCCCUUGUCUGUCUGCGGUGGGCCCCUCGUCUGUCUGCGGUGGGCCCCUCGUCUGUCUGCGAUGGGCCCCUCGUCUGUCUGCGGUGGGCCCCUCGUCUGUCUGCGGUGGGCCCCUCGUCUGUCUGCAGUGGGCCCUGGUCUGUCUGCAGUGGGCCCUGGUCUGUCUGCAGUGGGCUCUGGUCUGUAAUAUCCCUUCCUUUCAGUCAGGUUGUAUGAUGAAGUUUUCCAAUUGGACACAGCUCCUGACUGACCGGGGGGGGGGGGCGUAAGGGCACCUUGCGAGGCACAGAGGCUUUUGCUGAGGGUGAGAGGAAGCUUCAGUUCAGUUUGUUACUUUCGUUUUAUUUUGAUUCUGUGUAAAACUCGACUCUUAAUUCUAAUCUUCUCCAUCUAAUACGUCAGGAUUAGUUCCAAACCUUUUAAUCAAAUGAAGGUGAAUUGUUUCCUUUUUGCUGCACAGUCAGAGCUGUCAUCACUCACUGCGCCAAACCGAGUCUGCAGCCUGAGUUGAGGAGCUGGUCAAGUCUUCGGCAUUGAGCUAACCCCUUCUGCUUUGUGGGACACAUUCUGUGCUGACCCCAAGCCAGGAAUUGGGCAGCCCCUUGACAGUGCUGACUCUGUACCACAAACCCUGCUUUCCAGGCUGAUUCACAGCUCCCAUUUCACACUCACGUAGAAUCGUUCUAGGAAGCAGCACAGAACACAAUGGAAACCGCUUGGAAGAGAUGAGAGUCAGUCUUUGUUACAGAGCAGUCAACAGACCCCCAUCUACAACACAUCUCAACAAAUAUAAAAUCUUCAAACCUACCCCCUUGGCCCCUGCUCCACACCCCCUGCCUGCCUCCCCAGUCUCACUGCCCCCCUCCUAUUCUGACUGACAGACCUUGUCCCACCCUUACACAAGGUGCCAAACCUCUCAGGGGAUUGGGGGAGGCGGAACAGAGGACAGCUUUGUGUUAUUAAGGAAUGAAGGCUGGCAGCCCUGGUCUUGUGAGGUCCCCCCCCACCCCCCCAGGCAACAGCCUCUUCCUGUUGCACACUGCCUGGUGUGUGUAAGAUUGGUGGCUGUCUCUCCACAUUGCAGACUGACAGCGAUUGUACCACUGGCUCUACAACAGUGACAGCCACACACACACCUCGCAAACCUGCUGCAGUCCCACUACCUCUUCACAGGACCAACUGGUAUGAAUCAAUGAACCUAUCCCCCCACUGCCUGGUCUCCAUCCUCACUUCAGACUCUGUCCUUCCAGCCAAUCUCCCCACGCAACAAUUUCCAUUGGAAACAUAGAAACUAGGAGCAGGAGGAGGCCAUUCGGCCCUUCGAGCCUGCUCCGCCAUUCAAUAUGAUCAUGGCUGAUCCUCUACCUCAACACCAUAUUCCCUAUCUCUCCAUAACCCUUGAUG